AUUUUGUGGGACAUAUUUAAUCCUUGUUACCCGUUGGACAAGAGAAAGGUGAGUAUAAAAAUCCAUCUUUUCUUUUGCUCGUUCUCAAUUCGCCAUCUUCUCUCCAUCGAGUUCUUGGUUAGGGUUUCUUCACUGGUUCCUCACUCCGAAUCAUUGGAUUUGAGCUAUGGGAAAGAGGAAGGCAAAAGCAAAGCCAGCUCCAAAGAAACGAAUGGAUAAGCUUGACACUGUGUUUAGCUGCCCUUUCUGCAAUCAUGGCAGCAGUGUUGAGUGCCGCAUAGACAUGAAGAACUUGAUAGGGGAAGCUUCUUGUGGGAUCUGUCAAGAGAGCUUUAGCACUACCAUCACAGCUUUGUCGGAGGCAAUAGACAUAUACAGUGAAUGGAUUGACGAAUGUGAACGAGUGAACAACCCAGAUGAUGAUGGUGCUUAGAGAUUCUGAGAAUCCACUUGGUGUAAUAGUGAACUGUCCAGUUUUACAUUUUCUCCAGCCUGUAAUUACCAGUUCCUAUGUUGUAAGAGAUCUAGUGGGACUAGGAGCUUAGUCCCUAUAUAGACCCUUAACCAUGCAUGAGAACAAUUGCGUCUAUUUAGAUGAAGCCUACUAUGAUAGGAAGCAACAUUUUAGUUUAUAUCAUUGCAGUAUGUGUUGAGAUGAA